AUGAAUUUUGGAGAAAUUCGAGGGCUAACAGACAUCACACCAGAUGACGUGAUGGAGGAUAUGGGCCGUGAAACUAAAGCAAAUGGCCGAAGAAGGAUUGGUAUCACAUGGAAACAUUCUCAGAGGAAUGAAAAAGCAAACCAGACAGAAAUUACGAUGUAUUUCCGCCAAGUUACACCCAGCGUGCCUGCCUCUCCCGCCUGCCCUCCCACCUCGUGCGCCUGUUGGCUUCGGCCACCCCGGAGGCCGCCGCCGCCUCAGCCCACGCCACAUGAAGACAUGAGGAUGAAGACCGUUAGGAUGAUCCGCUUGCACUUAAUGAACAAUUGUGGGACAGCACCACUUGCAGAUGCAUUGGAAGGGUCUCGGAUAAUAGGCGGCACAACAGCUCAAACUGGCGCAUGGCCAUGGGUAGUUAGCCUACAGAUUCAAUCAGGCAAAAUUCUGGCUCAUAUAUGUGGGGGAAGCUUAGUGAAAAAUAAGUGGGUCCUCACAGCUGCCCACUGCACUAAAGACAUUAGAGAUCCUUUAAUGUGGAGAGUUGUGAUUGGAACUAAUAGUAUAAAAGGGCAUCAUCCACACUCCAAGAAGAUGAAAGUUAAAGCAAUCAUUAUCCAUCCAGACUUCAAUUUGGAAACUUAUGUAAAUGAUAUUGCACUAUUUCAUUUAAAAAAAGCAGUGAGGUAUACUGACUAUAUUCAGCCUAUUUGUCUGCCUUUUGAUGUUUUCCAAAAACUGGACCAAAACACAAAGUGUUUUAUAAGCGGCUGGGGAAGAACAGAAGAAGGAGGUAAUGUUACAGAUGUGUUACAGGAAGCAGAAGUGCAUUAUAUCUCUCGAAAGAUUUGCGAUUCUGAGCAGAGUUAUGGGAAAAUUAUUCCUAACACUUCAUUUUGUGCAGGUGAUGAAGAUGGGAUUUUUGAUACUUGCAGGGGUGAUAGUGGUGGACCAUUAAUGUGCUACUUACCAGAACAUAAACGAUUUUUUGUAAUGGGAAUUACCAGUUACGGAUAUGGCUGUGGUCGAAAAAAUUUUCCUGGUGUCUAUUGUGGGCCAUCCUUCUACCAAAAGUGGCUGACAGAUCACCUCUACCAGGCAAGCAAUAAAGGCAUAUUUAACAUAAAUAUUCUACUUGGACAGGUCCUUGUAGCCUCAGGUUCUGUUGUCUUACUAGCAAUUCCACAAUGAAAUUCUGAAGAAUCUUUAUUUUGUGUUGUGUCCCUCUCCAUGUUCUACAUAAUGAGUAUCAUUUAUUCUUUUGGUAAAUAAUU